AUGUGGAGUUUUAUUCACAAGAGCUUUCAGCUGUUCUUGAUAUUUCUUUGCAGCACUGCCGUCCUUGGUAUUCCACAUGAAAAGUUUCUGAGUUUGUCCAAGCUCGUUUUUGUACAAGGCACAGUAGUUACCCAUGGCUGUCCACUGGCACAAAUAGUGAUACUCAUGAUUUGCAUAAAUGUGUUUAGCAAAACAUCUAUCGCCAUCUUUAUCCUUUUUUGUAGUGUCAUGUGUAACAGCAUGUGCAUCCAAAACAAUUCUGAAGUUGCUGAAUCCAAGGUAGUCAAUGUUGCCACAACGGCUCAUGCAGUUCCACUGGGUCUUUGUCCAAAAGUCUACCAUUGUAUUGCCAUCUUCAGACGCCCACUUGCAAAUUAA